GUGCUGUUAGUACGUUUGCAAACCAGUGAGUUAGCAAACACCGGUAAAGCGCUAUUGCACAAAGAUGGGUUAAUUAAAUAGAUACUAUUAGACUACGUUGUUUUGACACAUGCAUAAACUGCAGCUGUUGCUUAAAGUUACUUUAUUUUGUCGUCAUGUCUUCCAGAAAGCGUAAAAGGAACUACAAGGAUAUAAAGCGUGUCUUCUUUCCUGAUGAUGUCGGAAAAGGUUUGCAAAAAUUGGACAAAGAGCCACGAUCCCAUUCACCUGCGUCUUCUGCCAAGAGCUGGGAGAAGUGUGGAGACAGUUUUCUGGACUCUCCGGUCAUGAAGAACCUCAAGUCAUCACGAAGAAAACCGUCUGAUAUAAAAAAGAUGGCUCAGUCCUCUGCUUUAGUGCAGACCAGGGCUGACCCCUGUAAUGAGGACACGGUGCACAUUGCAUGGAGCUCCAGUGACGGAGACCAGUCUGAUGACGAGACGCAGGAUCAACAACAACAGCGUCCUCAGAGACCGGCGAGACCUACAGCUCCAAUCCAGUCUUACACAAGAGCGCUGCGCAUGCUCAGCACUGAUAAAGAUGACCUUCCUGUUAUCGACACAGACACUGAUCUGGAAGAAUCUGAGGAAGAAGUUGAGAAGGACAGCGGGCAACAAAUCUCAGACUGUGAAUCAGAGUCCUUUGAGGAAAAACCUGAGGAUUUACCUCUUAACCCUUCAAAUACGGCAGGGCUUGAGAUCUCGGGCUAUGUGUCUGACGGCGAGGAUGUUGACGCCGCGGUGACUCCCAUCAGACCGGACUCUCCUGUGCAGUGCGGCGAGGGCAGCAGGAAGUCCAUCAGGGACUGGGUCAGGUCAGCUCAGGCAAUGCUGCAGACGCCUCAGAAACUGCAGUCCAACAUGCAGUCAAAGACACCUGAAGACUCUGCCAAAAAGAAAAGGAAAUUCAAAAGUGGAGGCCUCGCUGAGAGGCUGAACCGACUCCAGUGCAGACAGAGGUCAGCUGUUAGCUUCUGGAGGCACCAGUCCAUCUCUGAGGCCGCAGCAACAGUGGACAGGCCUGGCGUGCUGGUGCUGGAGGUGCUGGAGGUUCAGGAGGAGUGCAGCAUGCAACUGGUGCACUGUGAGCACCAGCAGCCCCCCGCAGAGGGCCACCAGCACAGCGACGCCCCCCCUGAAGGAAGAGCUGGUUUGCUGGUGUUGUUCAACAGAGAAACUGCAGCCCAGCUGAUGCUUGUUCCCAGAGACAUCGUCCACAUAUACCCGCCAUGGCUCUGUGUGCUUGUCCAGGAUGGCCAUGGGAUGUUCAGCGUGGUCCAGCUCCACCUCCUGUCCUGUGAGAAUGACCUCCGCCGAUACUGCCUCAUGUGGCAGGGGAGGAGCUGCGUGCUGAGAGGCAUUAAAGUGGUGCAACGUGUCACUAGAGAAAGGAGCAGCAGGCUUUUCAGCUUGAUAGACAGCCUGUGGCCUCCAGAGAUGGCUCUCAAAGAUCAUGGGAACACACCGAGUGUGUCCAGCGACAGCAGGCCUGCCGGUGCAGCUCCGAGCUUCUGCUACCUGCUGUCGGGUCAGGAGAGCUCGGUCGAACGCACCGAGGAGCGAACCGUGUCCCCACUUUACCUGCCUCCCAAUAAACACACCUUACAAGACAUACUGCAGAGUGAGAUUAGUCGCUGCAGCUUUGAUGCCACGGUUCUGUACAAGAGAAUAACGCAGAGCAGUGAUGUAGGCCAGCGUGAGGUUUGGUUGGUGCUCUCAGACCCAAGUCUUCAGGAGGAGCAGCCCGAGAGGCCGUGCAGGCGAACGGUGGCCCUGUGUGUGAGCACUUCCUGUGCGCUCACUUCCUCUGUCCUCCACGCACUGAACUCCCCCGCUGCCUGUCGCAUGUCAUUCAGAGAUGCCAUCAGAGAACAUGGUGUCCUCCUGUGUGCGGAGCAGUCCGUUCUGGAGAUUUGCUCUGCGGACCCUGAGGGUAGUUCUGAAUCCAGGUCAGAGUCGGUGUCGCUGCCUGAGUCCCAGGAGAAGACCCUGCCCAAACCUGUGAGACUGGAUCCUCUCUGCGCCGAGGUCACACCCAACUCCCUCUGCUCUCUGUCAGGCGUGAUAGUUGGUGUGGAUGAAAGCACAGCGUAUUCAUGGCCUGCCUGCAACCACUGUGGGAGUGACAGCUUAGAGAUUUUAGCUGAAAAACCACAAAACUUCCACUGUGUUCCUUGUCAGUCAUUGGUGGACAAGCCGGACACGAAGAUUCGACUGGAAGUGUUCCUGAGUUCUUCGAUAAUUAAUUGCACUUUGAAAGUUAAGCUGCAGGAGAAGACGAUAAUGUCCAUCCUCAACACUGGUGCACUGGAGGGUAAUGAGUUCCCAGGUUACGAUGUGGAGAAUGUUCUGGAUAAAGAGGUGGGCCCCCUCACCGUUUACGUUCGAGUCGUCACCAGGAAGCCUGCCCUCUGGAUCGGCCUGGAAGAGAUCUGCCUCUGAAGCUGUCAGGGCAAGUAGCUAAUGUUAUCAAUCCUCAUGCCUCAGCAGGCUCCAAGGAUCUGCUCACUAGGCCUCGGCCCCCGCCCCCCCCUCCUCUCUGAAGGCCUCCCUGACAGCUCGGGGCUGAGCUGAAGUGAACCGGCUGCAUAGACAAGGUCUUGUUUGUGUUAAUGAUAUGUGAGACUGUGGACCAGGAGUUGACAGCCCAAGGGUGGACUAGUGGCAUGCAGUCUGUCAGAGAAUCCCACGUGCUUCAUCAACUAUAUUGGCUGUAAAGACUUUUUUGAAGUUGUCAAGCAAAACAUUUUUUCUACCUCUGUAUUUAAGAUUUCUGAAACUGCGUCAAUAAAAGAAUGUAUUUUUGCUGAGUUGACUUUCUAUUUCCUGUUUCACAUUCUCACUUCUUCUACACUCCAGCUGCUCCUACGUCAAUAAAUAUAUAUAACAUGCAAAGACAAUUCACAGACCAGGAUAUUUCUGCACCUUUUCAGCAAUUUUAUUAUAGAUUCCAUAAACAAAAAUGUGUUCAAGGUUUCAUACAAACUAUAUAAAAGAUCAUGCUCUGGCUCUUAUACAAAGUUUGGAAUUAUAAAACAUGUACCAUAUCAGGUAUAACAUCAU